ACCGGCUUUGCUCUUGCGCACACCGGUUGUUUGGUUUCAGUUUUUCGUUGGAUUUUCCCGGGGUAGUGUUGCAACCGCUGACGACAUCUACGCACUAUUCACACGGCAGGCAGCAGUUUUUCCUUUGGUUUGUUCUUUUUCGCUUCGCGUUUUGCUAAUCCGCUUUGAAUAAGUCUUCACUAAAUCACUAACCCAAUGGCAAAAUGCUGUCCUAUGACCUGAACGAACGUCUGCUGAGUGCGGUACAGAGUGGAGAUUUUGAGCAGGCUUUGGGAUGCAUCAUGCAAGGUGCACAGGCUUCGUAUGUAUCGCCCACAUGCGGACGCACAGCCGUGGGCACGGCGGCCAUUCUGGGCGACGCCGAGCUGCUGGAGCUCCUGGUGCAGUCCUGUGAAGAGCCCGAGCUGGAUGUCUUCCAUCAGUCUCACGUUGAUAGUCUGGAAAUCGAGCGAACGCCCGAAGGUAUGGAGAAACUUGAGUGGGUUGAUGAGUUCGAAAGUUGUUCUGACAACGGAGUCGGUGGCGGAGGAGAAGACAGCCAGUUAUAUCAGUAUUACGCAAAGACCUUCGAGAAUACCGGAGAGUUCAUAUCCCAGUGCUGCGUGUCCUGUCGGGAGCAGGAUCCACACCUUUACGACGCUGACUUGGCCACUCCAUUGCACUAUGCCGCCUGCUGGGGGCACGAGGAGUGUGUACGCAUUCUUCUGGAACAUAGUGCUCCUAUCAAUGUGGUCAACAGCGAAGGAUAUGCCCCACUCCAUGUGGGAGCGGGCUUCGCCGGAGUGACCAAACUGUUAAUCAAGCACGGAGCUCUGGUUAAUGCCAAGACGCUAAGUGAUGGCAAGACCGCCCUCCAUGUGGCUAUCGAGAGCAAGUCUAUGGAAUCCGCCCGGUUGCUGCUUCAAACAAAUAUCAAUAUCAAUGACACCGAUGAUGAGGGUGAGACCCCCCUAAUGACUGCCAUCGCUUGCAGUUUGGUGGAUCUGGCCCAAGAGUUGGUGGAAAGAGGUGCUCGUAUCAACCUUCAGGACAAGCAGAAUCACACAGCCUUGCAGUACGCCGUGAGGGGUCGUCAUGGCCAGAUGGCCAAACUGCUUCUGGAGCGUGGAGCACGUCGACUAGCAUCCCAACACCUCCUGCAUCUCGCCGUGGAGUACAACGAUCGGGAGAUGGUGGAACUCCUGCUGCAAUACGGCGAAAGUUUGUUAGUUCGGGAUGGUGACAACCACACGCCCAUUAUGCUGGCCAUCCAUCUGCAACGGCCAGAAAUGUUGGAGUAUCUGCUGACCGUAGCCGAGGAACAUCGAAAAUUGGGUCUCUAUCCGGAUGUCCAGGAUGAGGGUCUGGUUUUGUUUGCCGUGCAGCAGAUCGUUUGUGUGAAGGAGUUUGCCAGCAUCCUGCGUGUUUUGCUGGCCAAAUUAAUUAGCGCCCGAAGGGAUUUAUAUGGCUCCUGUGCACCCACGAUAGUUUGUGGCUUGAUCUACUGCCAAACUCCUUUGUCGAGGGCUAUUAAUCUGCAUCGACUGGAACUGGCUGAGUUCCUAAUCCACGAGGGUUGCAACCUGGCGCAGAUCUGCCGGGAGCAUGUGGUCAACGAGCUGCGAUCCAAUUGCUCGGCAACAAGUCUGGCCUUUGCAAGAUUGCUAUGCAACGCUGGUUUCCAGUUUCCGCACAAACAUCGAGCUUUGCCGAAGGAUUGGCCAGCAGCCCGCGUAGAAUUCGAGUGUGAAAUGUCCUCGUUUGGCACCCAGCCGCGCUCACUGCAGUCCCUCGCUCGUCUGGAAAUCCGCCAGCGUCUCCUGAAAUCCCUCCGCACGCGGCCAGAGGUGCAGCAUAAGUAUCUUCCUACACAGAAACGCUCCUCGCUGGGCAGGAUCGUAGAUGAAUUUUCCAUUCCGGCGACAUUGAAGCUCUACCUCAGCGACUUUGCCGAGCUUCCCCUAAUUAGGGGAAUAGAAUCGGCCCGGAUACCUGGUAUAAGAUGUGCCGAGUCUUGGGAUUGAUUGCGUUUUAGGAAUUUAUUCAGAUUAUAUAGGUUUUAUAUGUAUGGUUAUAUGGUAUGUAGCAUAUAUAUUUUGUAUAUUGGCGACGAGUGUGUGGAGGGUUGUGUUAGGACUUUAUAAUAGUUUCCUUAAUUCUGUAACACCAAAUUAAUUAACACCUUUACACGACUCUAAUGUGAUAUUAACUUUCUUAUAAUGUAUUGCAAAUUUAGAACAGAGUUACCACACAAAUUUCGCACUUUUUAAAGCAUUUUCUGUGUGUACAUCUUUUAGGGCACAGAGUUUGCUUUCUUUUUUAAAUUACUUGCACAUUUCAUGUUUAUUAGGCAUGUUUUGUAUAUAUUCUAUAUAUAAUAUGAUUUAUAUGAUGUUUCUACUAUGUUAUUUGACUAUGCCAACGUUAAGAUUAGUUUUCCAUAUACAAUCGAUCUCACACACACAAUGCAAACAAAAGAACGAAUGCAAUUUUUAAAGUAAGAUUUUACAACGAUAAUCGGGUGCAAUUUUAUAGAAAACGUGUUGACAGACUAAAUAAACAAAAUAAAGUUUUAAAAGAAAAA